AUGUCGCACGUGCUUGCAAGAGAAUACCCCAUCCCAGCUGGCUCGAAACACACGAUCUUGCCUUAUCCCCGAAAUAGACAACAAAAGCUAGUCGAGAUUAGACCGAAAGGCUCAGUAGACAUCCUGGCAGUGCCUGAUUCGGCUAAAUGUCGGAAGAGGCAACAUGCUGACGCCCAGAAAUGCCAACGGGAUCGCAUGAAAGUCGCGCUGGAUCAAAUGGCGCGGAUAAUGAAAAUGGGAGGCGUGGGGGAUGAGGGAACGAGUGGCACGAAGGCAAAACUGCUCGAGACAGCGGUGGAGUAUAUCCAACACCUCCAAGACCAGGUCGAAGAGCUGAGAGAGUCUUGUAACUCUGGGCACGCGACAUUACCGAAUUUAGACUCGGUGGCUGAGCAUGUCGAACAGUGCGUCUGA